AUGAAGUUUGCAGGGGUGAAUCAGGCUGGUGUGCAGGCGGCACAGGCGGGCGGCGGCGCGGGCGACAACGGCGACACUGGCAGCAGCGUAGUGCCGGCGGCCGCCGCGGAGGCAGCAGUGGCAACCAGCAGCAGCGACGCCGCGCCCAGCACGGCGCAGCAGCAUGCGGCCCCGCCCACCGCGGCGCCCUUGGCAGCAGCGGACGCCUCGGCAGCAGCUGACGCGCCUGCGGCCGCGGCGCCCUCGCGGUCGCCGUCCGCGUCCCCCGAGCCCGGCCAGAGAGGCGGCAGCAACUUUGCGAAGCGCGUCGUGUCGGGUGUGCUGCUGGGCGCCGCCGCCGCGGUCAUCAUCGCGUACGGCCGCCUGCCGUUUCUCGCGACCACCCUGUUCGUCGUUUACCAUGCGACCCGGGAGUACUUUGGCUUCCUGACCAGCAAGGGCAUCUCCCAGGGCAUGACCCCGCCGCCGCCGUUUGUCAGCGCCGUCACCACGGUGCUGUGCCUCAGCAUCGCCGCGCUGACGCACGUGACGGGCAUCAAGAGCGGCACGGCGAUGUGCGUCGCGGCGUUCCUGCUGCUGGCGGUCAACGUGAUCGCCAAUCGCAAGCCGACGUUCAGCCAGCUGACAAGCUCGGUGUUUGGCCUCUUCUACUGCGGCUACCUGCCCUGCUUCUGGGUCAAGCUGCGCAACCUGGCGGUGGCCGCUCCUGAAGUGCACAUCCCGGCCGUGGCGCAGCUGCUGCCGCCGCUGAGCGUCGGCCUCGUGGCCACGCUGACCACGGUGGCCUGCAUCAUCGCCGCCGACACGGGCGCGUACUUUGUGGGCAAGAACCUUGGACGCACGAAGCUCACGGACAUCAGCCCCAAGAAGACGGUGGAGGGCGCCCUCGGCGGCAUGGCCUCGGCCGUCGCGGCGGCGCUCGCGCUGCGCGCCGUGUUUGGCUGGCCGGGGGGCGCGGCGGCGGCGGCGGGGUACGGCGUUCUCAUGUUUGUGUCGUCGAUAUUUGGUGACCUCAUCGAGUCGAUCAUGAAGCGCGAGGCGGGCCUCAAGGUAGGGGUCGUGUCGUGA